AUGGUUUUUGACAAUAGGGCGCAGUCCAUGGACGAUUUGUUCGAUUUUGGGGAGGCGGCCAUGCCCGAUCUUCCCACCAGCAAUGACCACACCAAUCUGGACCCGCAACCGACCGCGCCUUUCGUCGGCACCUGUCUCUUGCAUCCCCACGACGAUGGCUGUCCCUGCAAUGGCAGAUCAACCAGUCAGGUGGUUGACGUCUCCGAACCACUGGUCCAACAGCCAACGGACUACUUGGCCACCAACGACCUGAACAAUGACUGGACGAUGAACUUUUCCAACUUCAUCUCCCGAUACCACAAACCCGAGAAUUCUUGCGACUACUGCCGCCUGCGACACCUCGACUGCUUCCUGACUUUCGAAGGCCAGACCGGGUGCUCCCCCUGCAAUGCGCUGUUCAGAACGUGCAGCUUCGACAUUCCGGCCCAGCAGCGCAAGCCUCGUAACAUGAUCGACACGCUACACCAAGUGUCCGAAGACGUGUGCCAGGAGUUCGGUGCCCUCACCAGCACCAAGACCAUGGUCGGCAUCAAGACCGACGAGGACCGUGCCGCUCGGAAGGGUGGCAUCAGGUUCUCGCGGGCCUCAAUCAAGAUCCUCACCGACUGGAUCGUCAGCCACAGCGACCACCCUUACCCCACCGAAGACGAAAAGGCUGACUUGCGGCAACGGACCGGUCUGACCGAGAGCCAAGUCAACAACUGGCUUGCCAACGCACGCAGGCGCAAGAAGCACAAGCCCAAGAGACCAGCAUCCCCAAGCAUGCAUUCAAGCGAGGCCAUGGACAUCGCCUUGGAGAAGUCGUGGUCUGAGAAGAACCCCAUGGAGCGAUACCUGGAAUCUCCACCGGACAACGAACCUGCGCCAUGGACGGCCAUCCAGAAGGCCGUGCGGACGACGACACCUCCGCCAGACGAAGAGCGCUCGCGCAGCGGGCACACCAGCCGCCAUGCGUCGACUGGCAGCUCCGGCCACCUUUCGCGCAGGGCUCCGUCGACGAACAGCAUGGAAAUCGCAUCCGUCAACUCAGGCUUAUCUAGCCAGGCCGAGUCGCUCGGGUCCGUGUGGUCGUAUACGUCGCGCAACUCGCGCAACUCGGGCAAUUCGUUUGGCUCGUUCGGGUCCUUUGGGUCAGUGAACGGGGUUCGCAAGGAGAGGCGUCGCCGGCGCCGGCCCGACAUCAAAAAGCAAGCGUCAGAGAAGGACAAAAAGACAAAGCUGUUCCAGUGUACCUUCUGUACUGACGCGUUCAAGAGCAAGUAUGACUGGGCCAGGCACGAGAAAUCGCUUCAUUUGAGUCUGGAGAAGUGGAUAUGCGCUCCGCUGGGGCCGGUCAUCACUUGCUCAGCCUCAGGCCAGAAAAAGUGCGUGUUCUGUGACGACAUCGAGCCCAGCAAGGAGCAUCUCGAAACACACAAUUGGUCGGCGUGCGAGGAACGGAGCCCGGAGCAACGGACCUUCUACCGGAAGGACCAUUUGAGACAGCACAUGCGGCUGAUGCACAACUGCAAGAUGACAGAGACGAUGGAGAGCUGGAAGAGCGAGACGCAGUACAUCAAGAGCCGCUGCGGCUUCUGUCGGAUGACUUUCGAGACUUGGCAGGACCGGGCGGACCACUUGGCCAAAGAGUUCCGCAACGGGGCGCAGAUGAAAGACUGGAAGGGGUGUCGGGGUUUCGAUCCUCAGGUUGCGCUGCUCAUCACCAACGCGAUGCCGCCGUACCUCAUCGCGAACGAGGCCAAGAGCCCCAACCCGUUCUCGGCGUCGCAACCAGCGUCUCUGGCGUGGCACACGACCCACCACCCGACAAUGGCUCCGCCGAACCGGUGGGACCAAGCAGCCGUGGGCGGCUUCUUCCACGCAGACAGGGAUGGACCGCCGGUGCCGGGCCUACGGGGCAACGCAACGUCGGACUCGAGCCUCAGCACCCCGCAGGAGCACGGCAUGCGGGUUGAGCAAGGCACAAUCAACGCAACGUGCUGGGAGAUCCUGACGGUGCGGCUGGGCAGGUACGCCAAGCAGCAGCUGUCGCAGGGCAUGUGCCCGACGGACGCGAUGCUGCAGCGCGAGGCACGGCGGAUCCUGUACGACGCCGACGACGGAUGGGAGCAGACGGCAGCAGACAACGCCGAGUGGCUGGAGCUGUUCAAGAAGGCCCACGGGCUGGUGGGCGUGGGCCAGGACUUCGACGCACGCGACACGCUCGAGGACUUGGGCAUGCUGGGAGACGUGGCCAGCUAUCCGUUUGCUGCCGACGACUGGACGGCCGACUAUGCGGCUCCGACGUGCUCGGACUCGAUGGGCGGGCUGCUCAACCUGUGCCAUGCAAACAUGAUGCUCGGCGGGCCGGCGACGGCGACAACGGGCAUCUCGACGGCGACGACCGAAGGCAUCUUCGACAUGGAGGGCCUGCAAGGGCUGGAGGCGCUGAGUUCGCUGAGCGUCGACAGCGAGCCCAAUCGCAGGCAGACGUGGAACGGGUUCCCGGGCAUUGUGUCGGACAGCGGGCCGUGA